UUUGUGGUUAACGGCUUAUCUCCAGUCCAAAUUAUAAAAAUGGGUUUCUCUUCUUCACGCCAAGACUUCGAUCAGCUUUAACUUCUCCCAUUUUCGCUUAAAAUCAAAGCGUUUUCACAAAAUGGCACAUUUCUCCGCGAGAAUGAAGCUUCUCUCGAGCAGCGAUGGAAGAUUCUCGUUUGGUGUAGUAGAUCCGAUAGACCAAUUUCGCCAGGGGUUUUACACGGCCGGUGGAUCGCCGUUGAUUCCGGUGCGAAGGAGCCGAUUAAAGUUUGACGAGUUUCGCACGAGGGUCUCUUCGUCUUACUCAUUUCCUUACAAGAGAAAGAAACCCAUGGAUUUAGAUAACACUAGUGAGAAGAAUCUUGGUAGCAGCAGCGACGAAGACGGCGACGACUGGAGUUUUGACGGAGACGACGAUGAUGGGUUAGAGACUGAUGAUGAUCUAUCUUGCUUUCGAGGAUUGGUUCUUGACAUUUCUUACAGGCCGGUCAAUGUGGUUUGCUGGAAGCGAGCGAUAUGUCUGGAGUUCAUGGACAAGGCCGAUGUUCUGGAGUAUUAUGAUCAGACUGUUAGUUCUCCUAGUGGUUCGUUCUAUAUACCUGCUGUGUUAAGGGUUCCACAUCUGCUUCAGGUUGUCAAAAGAAGAAGAGUGAAAAACUCACUGAGUCGUAAAAACAUUUUACUCCGGGACGAUUACACUUGUCAAUAUUGUUCUGCCCGUGAAAACUUGACCAUUGAUCAUGUCAUCCCGAUUUCUCGAGGUGGAAACUGGACAUGGCAGAAUCUGGUGGCUGCAUGUUCAAGAUGCAACUCAAAGAAAGGUCAAAAGACAGUGGAAGAAGCACACAUGAAGUUACUAAAGGCCCCAAAGGAACCAAAAGACUAUGACAUUGUUGCGAUACCAUUAACAAAUGCAGCUAUAAGGAUGCUGAGAUCGAAUAAGAGAACACCUGAAGAAUGGCAUCAGUAUCUUGGGAAACCCUCAUCCGCGCCAUAGCAGUUGUAAAAGGUUCAGGUCCAUGCCAUCUCGUAAAUACAAAAUGGUGGCUUGAAUUGUAUCUGUAGAUUCAUAUAGCUUUAACUUCAAAACUGUUCACAGAUUGUCAUGGACUUGUUUUGAGUUUGCACUCAGAUAUGUAUAUAAUCCGUAAAUAAAGUCCUGAUUCACUCACAAAUUGACGCAACUUUGAUUUGACAAUGACAUUCACUCACUCGUGUUAUAGUGA